UAACGAGCCAAUUUUUUCCAAUGCAGAAAAAUGCAACUUUGAAAAGAACACAGAGAGAGGGAAAAAGUAGGAAGAAGAAAAGGUGGCGGGCAGAAAAUGAAAGCCAAGCCCUUUGCAUUCAAACACCCACCACCAUUUCCCCAUUUCUUAUAGUCCGUCCCGUCCCACGCCACGUUGUUGGUUGUGGUCGGCCGGCCCCACGAGAACCAGAUGCCUCGAUAAUACACCAGAAAGGUGGCGAGCAAUGAAAACACACUUAGGUUUCAAGAACUUAUUGGGCAGAGGGUGGUGAGAUCUCAGUGAACUGAGUCUGUACAACACAACCAUUAGACAAAAGGGGAAGAAAACCAAAUAUCUUAUCAUUUUGGUUCCCUUCAAGCUUCAGUGCCCUUGGGCAGCGGGCUGCAUUUUCCUGCGCUUCUGUAAACGAAUGAGAGGUUAGCACUUGUAUGGAUCUUACAGGCGAUUCCUGGAAAAAGAAAAACGUUGAUUUGUAUACUGGGGCCGAUUCCUGUAAAUUGACUGCAGCGCAAUCGCGGCCGUCGGAUGGCGGCAUAUGCGACGAAUGUGCGCCGAGCUCAAUGGCCCUGGCAAUUCCUUUAUGGGAAAAAGAGGACCCAGAAGAGAGAGGGAGAGGAAAGGAGGGGCAUGAAGACAGGAGAACGAAAGCAGAAGGAUGAGAGAACUUAAUUCAUUGCAGGGAGAGAGGGACAGAGAGAGAGAGGGGAGCUGAAGAGAGCGAGCCAGCGAGAUCAAGCGAGAAGUUCACAGAGCGAGAGAGAGAGAGAGAUAUUGGGAUUGUCUUGUCCUUGCCCCUGGCAUUCUUAUUCUUCAUUCUAGAGUAGCUCUCCUUUUCCUGGCAUUUUGAUCUAGAACCAAGGAUAGAGAGGUACCUCUUUGAUCUGGCUUUGGAAAUGGAGCUACUUGCUCCAAGAUUUGUCGACGCUACUGCUGCUGCUGAUGCUACUGCUGCUCCUAGAGGCUUGGAACUUUCGAGCUUGCUCCAGCGCACUGGGCAGCAAUUGGGAUCCAACUCUAGGGGCUUGUCAAGUCCCGAGAGGUGUUGAGAAGAGAAAGGAAGAUCUUACCAUGAGCCGCUGGCGCCUAGCGAUGAUCCGGAAGAAGCUAAAGUAGUCUCCUCUCCAGCACACUUCCUUGAUACUUUCGUACACAAUUUCCUUUAGGGGCCAUCGACCGAGGAUGAAUCGCUGCGCGACGACGUCGCUUCCUCCAGCGGUCUCGGACGAGGAGGAAGAUCUGAGGAGCAACAGCAGCACCGCCUCGGUGGUGUCCUCCUCCUCGUCCUUGCAUCUCCAUCACCAGGCACAGCUCCAGCAGGCAACUCCAGCUCCGCAGAUGGCCGCUCUAGCCAGCUCUGGAAGAUCGAUCCGCAGGAAGAAGAAGCGCGACGAUCUGUGCGACGCAUGCAAGGCCAAGAGCGCGCUCUGGUUCUGUCCCGCCGACGAUGCCUACCUCUGCCACUCCUGCGAUCAAUCCGUGCACUCGGCCAAUGCUUUCUCGCUGCGCCACGAGCGCGUCAGCCUUCAAGUGGAGGCCGUGGAACCCGUGAAGACGAACUCCUCGGCCGCCUCCAAGAAAGAAGAGGAUGCCUGCCAGGAGCAGGAGAAGGAUUCGUGGGAUUCUUGCGGCAAGAACAAGCGGCCGCGCCGAAAUAUCUCCUUCUCCUCCCCAAUCUGCAAGAACAACAGGAUGAUCAAGCCUUUGGACGAGGAGACGACGUCGCAGCGCCAGGUUACCGGUGAGAAUGAGUCGUCCAGUCCAUCGCAAUCGCCAGAGGGCUCCAAGAACUGCAACAGCCGCGAGGAAGGGGAGAAUCGCCGGCGAGAAGAUCAACACGAGGAGGAAUUGGCGCACACGGUGCCGGUGUUCGUCCAGCCAGUGGAGCCGGAUCGAUCGAGCGAGGAGGACAAGGAGCAGCAUUCGCACUCGCCAGCGUCUGGAAUCGCGACGGAUCUGGGAGAUUGCGACGAGGAAUCCGACGAUGCCGGCGACAUCGAUCGCUUCCUCAACGCGGAUCACGUCCUGUCCGAGGACGACGAUUACUCCCAUCCGCAAGAACGCCAAGAACACAAGAGAGAGGGCCACGACCAUGGCGAGCAAGGGCGAGGCUUGAUCGUGGCACCCACGGCCGCCACGUGCGAGGAUCUCAACGGCCUCCUGGGCCUAGGGAGCAAUUCCCUGGAGGAGCUCGUGGACGACGAUGGUGACGAUGACGACGAGCAGCGCUUCGACUUUGCGAUCCGGAAGAACCAGGCGAUGCGCAAGCAGCAGCGCAUUCCGGAAUUCGGCAACCUGGGGAUGGACGGCAGCGAUGGCGAGGGUGGAUUCCACCGCGGGAGGGUCAAGGCCGAGGAGCACGACCCCUACAUUGAAGGGCUUGGGGAGGAGGAAUUUCUCAAGCCAUGUCGGGAGGGCAUCCUGGGCGAGAUUUUAGGGCUCAAGCUCGGGGAGAGCUGCUAUGAGCGCGAUCUCCAGCAGAUGCACGCCCAGCAUUUGCAGCGCCGGAUUUGCCUCCGCCUGGAUUACGAGGACGUGCUGAAUGCGUGGUCGGAUCGGCGGCCAUUCCUCACGGAUUCCAGCUCCGCGGCGAUGGCGGCAGCGGCGGCGGGGCGAAUCAAUCAUCAGAUGCCAGAGGACUCGACAUCCGACGCUGCAGGCAGCUCGGAUGUUGGUGUUGUUCCAGACUUGAGCAGUGCGGGGAGCCGGCGAAGCGGACGGCCGUGCGCGGUGGAACAGGCAGGCCGAGUGCCUGUGGUGGCGCGCAUGGAGCUCCACGACGGGCCAAAUGCGGAAACACCAGGAGGAGAAGCGGCGGCAGCAGCGACUGGAGCAAUGGCAGCAAGCACAGGAAGCGGAGGACGCGAAGCACGGGUGUCCCGCUACCGCGAAAAGCGUCGGACUCGCCUCUUCUCCAAAAAGAUCAGAUAUGAAGUCCGCAAGCUAAAUGCCGAGAGGCGGCCUCGGCUCAAGGGUCGUUUCGUGAAGAGAUCGCCAGUUGGUUGAAGUGCGAGCAGUCGCGCUCAUGCUUGUCAUCGUCAUCUCCCUCGGCUGUGAUGAAGCGAGCCAAUAACUUCUCCCUUCGUGAUCGAAAGGAGACAAAAGUGCCGCCGCUGCGUGCUCAAAAGCUCGCUCUGCUGCUCUUGGAGAUCCAACAGCGGAAAGCAAAAAAAAGUGACAAAUAACUUUAACUCUGGCCGCGGGAAGCGAAGACGACGCGCCUCGACGAGGGGCUCAGUGCACUGCUGUGUUUGUACAGACGAGGAAACAAUCCAUUGGAGUGAAGACUGUGAAGUGGGAACACACUCUACGGAAUGUUUUAAGAGCCACCUCCUGCAGCAAGGAAGAAAAGAAAACUCGACGUCACCAAAGCAUGAACUCACGCUUACAUCAGUCCAGUCACUGCUGCUACUGCUGUGCAGCCUUGUCCAUCUAGAGCUGUGUAAUAAAAAUCCUGGCCUUUUCUAACAAA